AAGCAGUGAUUUAUCUUCAACUAUUCCUUGGUAAUCAUGCAAAAUCAGAGUUUUGUUACUGAGUUUAUUCUCCUGGGACUUUCACAAAAUCCAAAAGUUCGAAAAAUAGUAUUUGUUUUAUUUUUUAUUGUCUACAUUGCAACUGUUGGGGGCAACAUGUUAAUUGUGCUGACCAUCGUCUGCAGUCCUUCACUGCUGGGUUCCCCCAUGUACUUCUUUUUGGCAUUCCUGUCCUUCCUGGAUGCAUGCUUCUCCUCUGUCAUCUCACCAAAGAUGAUUGUGGACUCACUCUAUGAGAGGAAAACCAUUUCCUUUGAAGGCUGCAUGAUGCAGCUCUUUGCCGAACACUUCUUUGCUGGUAUGGAGUUGAUUAUCCUCACAGCCAUGGCCUAUGACCGUUAUGUGGCCAUUUGCAAGCCCUUGCACUACUCUUCCAUCAUGACUUGGAGACUGUGUGGCACUCUGAUGGCAGUAGCCUGCACAGGAGGUUUCGUGCAUUCCAUCAUACAAAUUCUUUUCACCUUCCAGCUGCCCUUUUGUGGCCCCAAUAUCAUUGAUCAUUUUAUAUGUGACUUGUAUUCAUUACUGAAGCUUGCUUGCACAGACACUCACAUCUUUGGCCUUUUGGUUGUUGCUAACAUUGGAUCUAUUUGCAUUAUAAUAUUUUCCUUAUUGCUUGUCUCCUAUGCUGUCAUCUUGUUCUCUCUUAGAACCCACAGGUCUGAAGGGCGAAGGAAAGCUCUCUCCACCUGUGGAUCACACAUUGCUGUUGUGGUUUUGUUUUUUGUCCCAUGCAUAUUUAUAUAUGCAAGACCUCCAUCUGCUUUCUCUUUUGACAAAAUAGUGGCAAUACUUUACACCAUCCUAACUCCUUUGCUUAAUCCUAUGAUUUGCACUUUCAGGAAUAAGGACAUGAAAAAUGCCAUAAAGAAAUUGUGGAAGAGACUAGUGAUAGUUUCUACUUAA